AUGUUUGUUAAAAAGCGCAACGGCAAGUCCGAAUCGGUGCAUUUCGACAAGAUUACCAGUCGAAUUGCCAAAUUGUGCGGAGGAUUGGAUGCCAAGCACAUUGAUCCCGUAAUCAUUUCCCAAAAGGUCAUUCAAGGUGUCUACCCCGGUGUCACCACCAUGGAAUUGGAUGAGCUCGCCGCCCAAACUGCCGCCUCGUUCGCCACGCAACACCCCGAUUACUCCAUUUUGGCCGCCCGCAUUUCCGUUUCCAACUUGCACAAAAUGACCACUGCCUCCUUUUCCGAACUCACCGAACUAUUUCACAAUUACGUUCACCCCAAGACGGGCCUUCCCGCGCCACUCGUCGCCGACGAACACUACGAAAUUGUCAUGAAGCACAAGGAGGUCUUGGACGCGGCCAUUGAUCACACUAGAGACUUUGAGUACGAUUACUUUGGAUUCAAGACUUUGGAGAAAUCGUAUUUGCUCAAAAUGCACGGCACCAUUGUCGAACGUCCCCAAAUGAUGCUGAUGCGUUGCGCCUUGGGAAUUCACGGAUGGGAUAUCGAUACAGCCAUUGAAACUUAUAAUUUGCUCUCGCAUCGGUACUUUACCCAUGCGACACCCACUUUGUUUAACGCUGGAUCCGCUCUGCCACAAAUGUCGUCUUGUUUCUUGUUGAGUACCAAGGACGAUUCCAUUGACGGGAUUUACUCGACGCUCAAGGAUUGUGCCGUCAUUUCCAAAUACGCCGGAGGCAUUGGACUUUCCAUUCACGACGUUCGCGCCAGUCAAUCCUACAUUCGGGGUACCAAUGGAACCUCCAAUGGAAUUGUUCCCAUGUUGCGGGUCUUUAACAACACGGCCCGAUAUGUCGAUCAAGGAGGAGGCAAGCGCAAGGGCUCCAUUGCCAUUUACCUCGAACCAUGGCACGCGGAUAUCUUUGCCUUUUUGGAUUUGCGCAAAAACCACGGAAACGAAGGAGACCGUGCCCGGGAUUUGUUUUAUGCCCUUUGGGUUCCUGAUUUGUUCAUGGAACGUGUCAAGUCCAAUGGAGAUUGGUCUCUCUUUUGCCCCAAUGAGGCGGGAGGACUUGCCAGUGUCCACGGACAAGAAUUCAAGGACCUUUACGAAAAGUACGAACGCGAAGGCAAGGCUCGCAAGACGAUUCCCGCCCAACAAUUGUGGUUUGCCAUUUUGGACGCUCAAGUCGAGACUGGAACUCCUUACAUGUUGUACAAGGAUCAUGCCAAUCUCAAGUCCAAUCAACAGAAUUUGGGAACCAUUCGGUCUUCCAACUUGUGUUGCGAAAUUAUGGAGUACACUGCUCCCGACGAGACUGCCGUCUGUAACUUGGCCAGUAUUGCCUUGUCCAUGCUAGUACGAAAGCCAAAGAACAUGGAGGACAACCCACAAGCUCUGUGCAUCUUUGACUUUGAAAAGCUGCGAGAAAUUUCCAUGGUGGUCACCAAGAACUUGAACCGAGUCAUUGACCGAAACUAUUACCCCAUCCCAGAAGCCAAAAACUCCAACAUGAGACACCGUCCCAUUGGAAUUGGUGUUCAAGGUUUGGCCGAUGUUUUCAUGAUGAUGAAGAUUCCUUUUGAUUCUCCACAAGCUUCCAAGUUGAAUCGUGACAUUUUUGAGACCAUUUACUUUGGUGCCGUCACUGCCAGUAUGGAACUUGCCAAGAAGGAUGGACAUUACGAGAGCUACCCAGGAUCUCCAGUCAGUCAAGGAAAGCUUCAAUUCGAUUUGUGGGGAGUCACACCCACCAACCGAUGGGACUGGGCUAGCCUAAAGGAAGAAAUUGCCAAGUACGGUAUCCGCAACUCCCUAUUGGUGGCUCCCAUGCCUACUGCUUCCACUGCCCAAAUUUUGGGUAACAACGAGAGUACCGAACCGUUCACAUCCAACAUUUACAACCGUCGUGUUCUUGCUGGAGAGUUCACCAUUGUCAACAAGCACUUGUUGCGAGACCUUACUUCCAUGGGAAUCUGGAACGAAUCCAUCCGAAACCGCAUCAUUGCGGACCGUGGUUCCGUCCAAAAUAUCCAAGAAAUUCCUCAACAACUCCGGGAUGUCUAUAAGACUGUCUGGGAGAUUCCACAACGUAUCAUUUUGGAUAUGGCUGCCGACCGUGCUCCUUUUAUUUGCCAGAGUCAAUCCAUGAAUGUUCAUAUUGCGGAGCCAACCUCGUCCAAGCUUACAUCGAUGCACUUUUAUGCUUGGAAGAAGGGACUAAAGACUGGAAUGUACUACUUGCGAACAAAGCCAAAGGCCGAUGCCAUUGCCUUUACCGUGGACCAAGAAAUGUUGUCCAAGGACUUGAAAGCCAAGGCGCGAACCAAGGAGGCUGUCAAGCCAUUGGUCGAUAGUGCGGCUCUGGGACUAACGGAAGAGGAAGAGUGUCUGAACUGUGGGGCUUAA